UUAUUGGCUGCUCCGUGCGCUGGUUUUGAAAAAGUCCUCCACUUUCGAGGCGGAGGGAAGAUUCAAAAUUAGUUAAACAGAAACGGUAAAGCCAGAACUGGCUGCUCGCUACCAUGAGCAAACCAGCGAAAUGUAAAACUCCUCGCAAGCCGCCUGCAAGAAGGCAUCAAAACAACCAGAAAGACCCGGUUGGGGUAUACUGUCGUGUGCGGCCUCUGGGUGUGGAUGACGAGGAGUGCUGUAUUGAGGUGAUAAGCAGCACCACCAUCCAGCUGCACGCUCCGGAGGGCUUCAAAAUAAACCGCAAUGGAGAAUACAAAGAGACACAGUACAGCUUUAAAAAAGUAUUUGCAGUCUCUGUAUCUCAGAUUGAGCUCUUUGAGCACGUGGCCAAACCACUUGUCGAUGACCUCAUUCAUGGAAAAAACGGCCUACUGUUUACCUAUGGGGUGACAGGAAGUGGAAAGACCUUUACCAUGACAGGUAGUCCAGGUCAGGGUGGACUUCUGCCGCGUUCUCUGGACAUGAUAUUCAACAGCAUUGGUCCUUACCAGGCAAAAAGAUAUGUUUUUAAGACUGAUGAUAAAAACGGGAUGGAGGUUCAGGGUGAAGUUGAUGCUUUGUUGGAGCGCCAAAGGCGAGAAAACAACGUGUGUGUUCCUAAGACUCCCUCUUCCAGACAAAAGAUCGAUCCUGAAAUUGCUGACAUGAUUAAGCCAGAGGAGGCUUAUAAAGCAGAGGGUGUGGAUGACGACAGCAGCUACAGUGUCUUUGUCUCCUACAUAGAAAUCUACAACAACUACAUCUAUGAUCUUUUGGAGGAAACUCCAGAAGAAACGAUCAAGCCAAAGUGGAAUGGUGGAGGCACUCCUGUGCGCCAGAAUACUGAGUUCAUGCCACCUCAGUCUAAAACCCUUAGAGAGGACCAGAAUCACAACAUGUAUGUGGCUGGCUGUAUGGAGGUUGAAGUGAAGUCUGCUGAGGAAGCUUUUCAAGUAUUCUGGAGAGGUCAAAAGAAAAGGAAGGUUGCAAACACUCGGCUGAACAGAGAGUCCAGUCGCUCACACAGUGUGUUCAUCAUCAAACUGGCUCAGGCUCCUCUGGAUGCAGACGGUGACACCAUUCUGCAGGAUAAAAACCAGGUGAGCGUCAGCCAGCUGUGCCUGGUGGACCUGGCAGGAAGUGAGCGCACAGGCAGGACAGGAGCUGAAGGCACUCGGAUACGCGAAGCAGGUAACAUUAACCAGUCUUUGCUGAACCUGCGGACAUGUAUCGAAGUACUCAGAGAAAACCAAAUGUGUGGCACUAACAGGAUGGUCCCCUAUAGAGACUCCAAAGUGACCCACUUGUUUAAAAAUUACUUUGAUGGCGAAGGAAAAGUCAGAAUGGUGGUUUGUGUCAAUCCAAAGGCUGAUGACUAUGAAGAGACCCUGCUGGUGAUGCGGUUUGCAGAGAUGACCCAGGAGGUGGAAGUGGCCCGUCCAGUGGACAGGCCCAUCUGUGGCUUCACUCCGGGUCGUCGUCAUAGAAACCAGCUAUUUAAAGAGGAAAUUUCUCGCAAACUGGAAGAGCGUGGUGGACCUAUAGACAAGGACAUGCCCUCUGUCAUGAAUAACUUGGGGCUCAGUCUGCCACCUUUACCGGCCUCUGAGCUGACCGAUCCACACGAUGACAUCACCUUACCUCGGUUGAUCGAGGCACUCCAGAACAGACACAGGGUCAGACAAACGAUGAUCGAGGAAUACAACAAAGCAGCCAACAUGAUGAAGUUUAUGCUUCAGGAUCUAGACUCUAGCCUCAUUUCCAAAGACAAUGUGAUUCACGAGCAAAACUGCAGGCUGGUAGAGAAAGACAAAAUCCUCCAGAACAACAAGACGGAAAUUGAACGUUUGGAGAAAAGGACCAAGAUGCAGGAGCACAAGGUUCAAAGGGAGGGGGAUAAACUCCUCUUAAUAAUCGACAUCUUGCAGAAAACAACUAAAAUCUAUGAGGACGACAAGCGCUCUCUGCAGCAUGAGCUGGAAACCAGAGAGCAGCGGCUGCAUAGGGAGCUGUCUGAGAAGAGACGCAUGGAGCAGCGAAUGCACGGCGCCGUCUCAGAUACUCAGCACAAAUGGGAGAAAGAAUGUGACAGACGUGUUAAUGCAAUGCAGCUCGAGAUGCAAAACAAGCUUUGGGUUAAAGACGAAAAGCUGAAGCAGCUCAAGGCCAUCGUUUCAGAGGGCAAGGCCCCUGUUCGCCCCGAGCCUUCACAGCGCCAGCCCCAGCCACAACCUCAGCCCCAGCCACAGCCCCAUCCUCAGCCUCAGUCUAGAUCUCAGCGCCCCUCCAGAGAGGAACGCACCCCAGCAAAAAGAUCGGCUUCACCCUCACCUCAUCCUAGCCCUGUUGAUUCUCCUCAUUUCAGUCCAGUGCAAGGGUCACAGCCAGUCAGUGCCACUAGAUUUGAGGAAGUUGAGAUGAACCCAAGGCCCGCCUGCCCCGUCCCCAGCAGCAGUAGCUCGCUGUCAGUGGCUAACUCCAUCUCUUCAUGGGAGCAGCGGGCAGCUCAGGACAACAGACAGGGUCCCCACACCCCUUGUACACCUAAAAGAGUCCAGUCUCCAGCGGGCUCUUUAGCCAGUCGGCCCAAGAGGAGAGGCGAGAUCUGUGGUGCUAAUGAAGGAGCCAGAUGCCCCUCCCCUACCUUUGCUUUAGACAUAAUUGAGAGAAGCUACAGGACAACAACACCAGUGCGGCCGCUGCAUCGUCGGUCCCGCUCUGCUGGUGGGGAGAAAUGGGUGGACCACAAGCCCACCUCCAGCCUAGACUUGGGCACAGUGUUGCAGCCUGUCAUCCCCAAUGCCAUCCAGGUGUCUGCUCCCAAUGAGAAGGCCCUGUCGAAGUGUGACAGAUAUGUGUUAACGCACCAGGAGGUGGCCUCAGAUGGAGAGAUACAGACCAAGCUUAUUAAGGGGGAGGUCAUUCAAACCAGAGGAGGAGGGCAAUCUGUUCAAUUCACUGACAUUGAAACACUGAGACAGGAGCUCACCACAGUCCCAAGUCGCAAGAGGAAAUCUUCAGAAGGCGCCAAAGCCAACGGAGAUCAUUCAGAUGGAGCUUGGACCGACGUGGAGACCAGGUGCUCAGUGGCUGUGGAGAUGAAGGCUGGAUCCCACAUGGGACCCGGUUAUGAGCAUCAUGGGAUCACAAAGCGCAGAAAACCCUAGAAGGUGCAUAUGGCUGCAACACCGAUCACUCCCCCACUUCUGUCCUCACCUGGCUCUUGUGCAAUAGUCCGAAGUGUUUUUAUAUUUAGCUCAAGUCAUAUUUAUACAUUUUCCAAUCUUUUAUAUAUGCAAAACUUGUAUGAGUAAGGUCAAAGCCAUUUUGUAGAUCCUGAAAAAUGUUACUAUAUUUUUCUUAUGUGUGAUGUCAAGUGUCUACUGUGGCUCUUCAAAUUUAAAAACAAAACAAAGUGACUUGGCACAUGGGUUAUGAAGCUGCCACAGUACUGAUAAUGGUCUGUAUGUCCUGCUUUUGUUUAAGUGUUGAAUUAUAGCACACUUAGUAUAAAAAAAAUACAAGCUUUAUUGACUGUAAAUGCAGGAAUAAAAUUCUUUUGUAGGUGUCAUUGUGUACAUGGUGGAUGCAGUAGAGCACUUUAACAGGAUCAUCUGUCAGCACUAGAUGGCAUCACAGGAUAGAAGAAAAAAUGUCAGUGACUCAAUGCUCAGAUCAAAUCAUUCCUCCUCUUCAAAACUGAUGUAUGAGAACUUUUUCACACUGCUUUAUUCUGUGCUAUUUCUUUUCUCCUAUUGCAGUAUGAUAGUAACUAAUAACAUGAUUAAUGGGGAGAAUGUUCACUGGUGUUUUGUUUUCCACAAGAGCUCUUUUAACUAUGGUUUGUCAGUAAACAAAGCCUGAUUUAAAUGACUUUACUGAAAUAUUUUCCUUCAUGCUCGAUUAGAUAUUCAUUGUUAAACAAAACACUUUGUAUAUAGCUGCAUAUUAAAUUAGAUUGGGUGGCAGCCCCCAGGGCAUAUCAGUUGUGUCCCAGGACUUAGAAAAAGAGUGCUCAGCUCUUGGGUCUUUUUUAAUUUGGCAUUUAUAUGCAAAAAAAAAAUUAAAGUAUAAUAUUGUUGGUAGGUGGAGGGUAUAGACUGAGACACUUUGAUCUUAAUAGUAUUAAGAUCAUUUCAUAUAUUUGAGUCAAAUUGAUCAAA